AUGCAAAGUCUCUCAACGCUUUUGCCGCUCUAUCUCCCGGCGUGCGAAAAGCUGUCCGUAGUCGCAUUCAAGAGAUGUGGAAAGAUGGGGGACUACGAAAAGGUUUCGAGAAUGGCCGAUGUUCUCAAUCACCCGCCGCCCUUCCGCGCGCCAUUCUACCACUCGCCUCUGGGAUACUAUGGCAAUUCGCGCAACAUUGUCGUCUCCGAUACGCCCGUAUAUCGCUUCGCCGGUGUGACGGGGGGGCAAUUCCAGGUUGACGGGCCCGCUCAAGCCGGUGCGUCCAAGAAAUUUGACUUUGAGCUCGAGCUGGGUGUGUACCUCGCUAGGCCUUCAAAAAUUGGACAGCGCAUCAAACUUGAAGAAGUCGACGAAUAUGUCUUCGGGUUCGUCCUGCUGAACGACUGGAGUGCCCGCGACAUCCAAUCAUCCGAAUCCGCCGGCCCAACAGGCCCCUUCCUGGGCAAAUCCGGCUGCGUCACCGUCUCGCCAUGGGUCAUCACGCUCGACGCGCUGGCGCCCGCGCGGCUGCCACGCCAGAUGGCGCCGCGGUUGCCCUUCGUCGACUACCUCUCCGAAAAGGACAGUGGCAACAACAACGAGCUGCCGUGUAUCGACAUCAGAUGCUCGGUAAAUCUCAAGCCGGCUGGGAGCGGGGAAGGCGGCGCGGCUUUUGAGGUUUGCAGGACGGAGUACAGGCAGACAUACUGGACGCACGCGCAGCUGGUUGCGCAUCAGACGAGGAACGGGAGCGCGGUGGGGACGGGGGAUUUGAUUGGGACGGGGACGAUGAGCAUGUUCGAGAGUGAUGAUUAUGGCCGCUGCUGCCUGGCCGAGCGGUCAUACAACGGAACUAGGCCAUUCGACGUGGGUAAUGGUCAGACGAGGGCAUGGUUGGAGGAUGGCGAUGAGGUAAACAUUCAAGGCCAUCUGUCCAUCAAUAUCACAAUGCAGCCCAUCACUCUUUACGUCCACGGCCCGACGCCGAACCCAGUCAAGGUAGCCAUCAUUCUGGAGGAGCUUGAGCUCCCCUACGAAUGCAAGUCUAUCAACAUGGAAACCGAGCUGAAGGCUGAGCCCUUUAUCACUCUCAACCCCAACGGCCGCCUUCCAGCCAUCGAUGAUCCAAACACUGGCAUCAAGCUAUUUGAGUCCGGCGCCAUCAUCGAGUAUCUGGUCAAGACCUACGAUACCAAGGCCAAAAUCCAUUACACCUCUGAGCCUGAGGAGUGGUUGGAAAAGGCUUGGCUGCACUUCCAGGUGUCCGGUCAGGGACCGUACUUCGGUCAGCGCUACUGGUUCAUGGUUCGCCACUCGGAGAAGCUUCCUUCGGCCAUAGAGCGCUAUGGCAACGAGAUCAAGCGCGUGACUGGUGUCAUCGAUGCACACCUCAAGAAGCACGGCACACCCUACCUGCUCGGCGACAAGGUUUCCUACGCCGAUCUGGCUUGGAUCCCGUGGCAGAGCUUCUACUCUGUCAUUGCACCUGAGGACUGGGACUGGAAGACCGAGUGCCCCGAGUUUGCGGCCUGGCACCAGCGUCUGGCUGAUCGCCCUACCGUGAAAAAGGUGUACGCGAUGGAGGAGUUCCAGAGGCAUUAG